GGUAUACAAACAAUGCGCUAGCAACGAGUGGUCUUUAAAGGGGAAUCCAGAACUUGUCAACAUCACCCUCUACUAUGAACGCUACUGUGCUGGUUGCAUGUAUUUCAUCAUUAACAUGUUGUAUCCCUCAUGGCAGAAAGUUGGAAGCAUUAUGAAUGUUAAACUAGUGCCUUAUGGAAAUGCAAGAGUAUGGAAAUAUCCUUUAUGUCUAGAAGUCAAACGUUUAGAAGUUAAACGUUUUAAACAGCCUAUUGAGAAUACCAAUGGUUUUUUACUGCUUUUUAGCCUUAAAAAAUGCUUUUUAAAAAAAACAAUUUCAUGUUAACUAGCCAGUUAACUUUUUUAUAUAUUUUUAAAUGGGGAAAAAAAAUGCUUCCUUUGCUGGUUUUCAUUUUUACAAAACUGCUUUUUAGAAACAGCUAAAGAUUGAAAAUUCGAGUUUAACUUGGGCAAAUUUGUUUACUGAUGAAACCCUACCUGGUAAUGAUUUCAUUCAUAUUUUGUAAUGACAACGGUGGUAAAGACUGUGCUGUAUUAUCUUUUUUUCCAACAGGAAAAACAAGUGGAAGACCACUGGGAGUUUCAAUGCCAACAUGGCAAUGACGAGUGUGUGGGGAACAUAAUUGAGGUAAGCGUAUAUUUGGAGAUGACGUAAAUUAACUAAAGGUAUUUAAUAAUAAUUGUAACUAGAGGGGAAGCAGAAAAUUUCAAAAUACUUGUGUGCUAUUAGCAUUAAUCAUAUUCAUUGUUCAAAGCAUCAUUUGACUUAGCUUGUUCUUUCUUUCUUUCAACAGACAUGUGCUAUUGCCAUUGUACAGAACAUUUCUGUAUAUUUCCCAUUUAUCAAUUGCAUGGAAAGUUCAUCCAUCAGAUCAGAAGAUGCUGCUAUAGCGGUAAGUUUGUUAAUAAAAGAUUUCCUUAAUCUGACAAUGGUGCAUAUUAUAGGUGAAUUUCUGGGAAACUGACUAAAAUUUCAUGAAAUUAAUUUCAAUUUGAAUCCAGAAGAAAUGAAAAAUGCCUCAAAAUGUCCUAUAUUUAACUUUAUUUGAUUUGGUCGACUGUGCAUUUAUAAGAAUAUAUCAAGCAUAAAGUAAAAAUAAUAAAUUUUGGAAUUGUAACUGAUGCAACAAAAAAAAAGUUAACAUCGUUUUUUUUGAGUUCCUCUGAAAGCUGCUUUAAUUGAAAUAUAUUUUUUCAAAUGAUCUCCAGCGCUUAUUUUACUAAUAAAAACCUUUAAAAACUACUCGAAAGCACAUUUUUUAAAAACAAUGCAGGCAAAAUAAUGUAACUGAUAUAACAUGACUUUAUUACCGAUUUAACUUGUCUGAAUGCAAGCGAUAAAAAAAUGGAGAAAAGACGGUAAUUAUUGUUACAAAAAUUAAAAAUUCACUGUAGCACCUAAAUAAACUUAAUUCACAGAGUUUUAAAGCCUGUCCAUAAUGUGAUAUUGACCAUGACCAUGAAAAUUGUAUACAUUUAUUUAUUAAAUGUAAAUAUAAAAUUUAACAUUUUUUAAAAAUAUUUAGAAAACAUUUAUUUCUUAAUUCAAGAUGGCCACCAGGUCAUGUGUCACACAAAACAAAAAACAUACCAAAAAUGAAUCCAUACCAAGAUGCAUGAAUUAAAUUUAUAUAGUAUCAAAUUCUAUGCAAUUUAAUUUUGGGAUAUUGACUUUUCCACGGAAAUCACCUAUAUAUACUAUAUCCCAUUUUUGAAUGCCUAAGUUCCUUUAUCAAUUUAUGUGCUUUACAGAUAAUGUUCAAAGUAAUUGUUUAUUACUGAAUAUAACUGACACAUAUAACGUAACCCCCCCCCCCACACUUUUUGUUGUAAAAAACCCUAAAAUGUCAUGUCCAUGUAUAAUGCAAUCUGUUAAUCUUGUCCUCUAAUAAUAAAAUAUGAAUUAAAAAAAUGAAUAUUUUAAAAAAAAUAAAAAUGUGAAAAUCCUUUAAAUUAUCAUAAAUUUUAAAUAAAUUGUGGUCAUACCAAUACAACUAUGCUAAUAUCCUAUCAAAGGGACACUACUGAAAUUACUGGUGUUUUAUGCGGAGACCAGAUAGGAUGUGUGCUCGGUUGCUAAAUGAGAGUGGACCAAGAAGAUUUUAUUUUGCAUAGAAAUUAGUAUAUUGUUUACCAGCAAAAAUUUUGCGCUAUCGCCAUGUUUUUAAGGAGCAUUUUACUCUAAAUUUCUCAUUCUAUACAGGGUAAUAUAAGGUAAAUACUUUUUCAUUAAAAUUUCACAAACUUAAGAGAGAAAAAAUCUGCAUAAAAAAAAUUAAUUUGAUAGAAUUUUGAAAUGUAAUCAAAAUUGUUCAUUUGAAAUCUUUCAUCCUUAUUACAGAUGCUGAGAACCUUCAUCAACAACAAACUAAAUGAAUGCCAUUUGCAUUUUUUUUUUUUUAUUUCAGUGUGCUAAAAAAUUUCCGGUUCCUCUGGAUCAGAUCCUGAAGUGCAGCAAUUCUAGCAUGGGUAACAGCCUGGAACAUCAGAUGGCACUUGAGACAGAUGCACUUGUUCCUAAGCACAGCUAUGUGCCUUGGAUUACACUGAACGGGGUACACACACUGGUUGUUUUUUGGUGUGUGCGUAGUACUUGUGAUUUAUGUUUUACUUAUGAAAGUGCAUUCAUUUUUCAUUCACAUUCUAAUUACCUAAGUGGUCGUUAUUCUUGGUGGCUAUAAAUAAUCUGCAACAAUCAACAUUCUGCAAGAUCGGUAAAUUAAAUAUGUGGGAUUUGGUGACAAAGCUAUUUUAUUUAAUCUUUGUAUUUCUUGUCACCAAGUUUUCAUUUAUCUCCCAAACCUGGGUACUUCUUACACAACGCCAUGUCAUCAUAAUAAGUAACUUCAUUCUACCAGGAAUGUCUAUAUCAUGGAUAUUCACCUCACCCUCCUCCUGCCCUGCCACCUAAUAAGACUUUUCUGUGCAUGCCACAACUGCCAUAACAUGUGUGUUAUAAAAGUGCCAAUGUUGGAAGCUGCAUACUGUCUGAUGUCUUGUAUUCAAGGUUCUUGUUAUUUUUUAGUUGAAGUUAUCAUCUACCCACUUGUAUUUCAUUGGCUUUGUUGCUGUUCUCUGCCCCAGGUCUACAGUGCGGCAAUAGAAAGUGAAGCUCAAUAUAAUCUGAUCAAGUUGGUUUGUGAUACAUACAAGGUAACUGUAUUCAUUUAA